GAAAAUGUCAUCAAAUUACACCUGCAAUAAUUGUGGUAUAGCUUUCAACAAUUCAAACGACCAGAGAUCUCAUAUGAAAUCAGAAUGGCACCGUUAUAAUUUGAAAAGAAGAAUUGCCCAAUUGCCCCCAAUAACUGAAUCAGCUUUUAAUGAAAAAUCGAUUAAUAAUGAACUAAAUUCAAAUAAUAACUCUGAUGAGCAGAAAACUAAAGAAAAUAAAAACAAGAACAGAACAGUAACUAAAAAGGAACUAAAAAUACAGAAGAAGAAACUUGAGUUAGCUGAAAAGAAGAAAAAAUUGUUGGAAUUAGCUAGAUUACAAAUCAAUAAUGCUACUAGUAAUAACGAUAAAAAAAAUAGUAAUAAUAAUGAUAGUGAGUCUCGAAGUGGUGAUUUAGAGGUCACAAAUAGAAAGAUUGAAGAAAAAGGAUCUCAACUAAAGGAGAUAUCUACUUUACAAACAAAACAAAAAGAUAUUGAAGAUGAAUUAAAUAAAUUAUCAAUAGAAGAUCAAGAAGAGUAUUUGAUCAAUAAGAAAUUGGAGCAAAAUUUGAAAUAUAAGAUUUCUCCAAAUACGUGUUUAUUUUGUACAAAAAACAAAAAACAAGAUUUUGCGUCUUUAGAUGAUAAUAUUAACCAUAUGUUUAAAAAUCAUGGUCUAUAUGUACCUGAGCAGAAAUUUUUAAUCGAUAAAUUUGGGUUGAUUAAAUAUUUAUCAGAAAAAAUUUCAAUCGGUAAUGUUUGUAUUGUAUGCAACUAUCAAUCAAAAGAUUUGAACUCUAUCAGAUCACAUAUGAUAGAUAAACAGCAUUGUUACAUCCCAUACGAAACAUUAGAUCAAAAAUUAGAACUUGGUUCAUUUUAUGAUUUCACUUCAACUUACAAUGAAGUUGAUGCUAGAAGUAAGUUUGAAUCCAAAAUUGAGGAAAGUAGUAAUGACAUGGAUCAAAAUGAAGAUGAUUGGGAAGAUGUUUCAGAUGAAGACUUCAGUGAUGACGAAAAUAAUGUCACUCCUCAAUCCGAGAAAGAAAAUGAUGAAGACGAAGAUGAAGCUCCAAUUGAUUAUUUGUAUACUGAUGGUGUAGAACUUCAUUUACCAUCCGGUUUGAAAGUUGGCCAUAGAAGCUUGGUGAGAUAUUAUAAACAGGAUAUUAAACCCGAGAAGACAUAUAGUGAGGGCCAAAAAACUGUCAUGACUGUUGAAUCAAGAAGUAAAUACAUGUUGGCACCCACCACUAUCGACAAAAAAACUUAUAUCCAAAACAAACAAAUAUGGAAAACAAAACAGAAGUUUGAUGAUCUUAACUUUAAAAGAUCUCAAAAAUUCAUCAAUAAUCAACCACAUUAUAGAGAUCAAUUAUUACAAUAAACGAUUGUAUUUAUUUUUUUCACUUAUUCAUUUG